AGGUUUUUGGGAUCAAGACUCGGGGCUCGCAAACUCCUCAAGUAGCCAUGGUGCUGUCCCAUUGCCCGAGACUCUCCAGCCCGUGUGUGCCCAAGUACGACGCGAGGGAGGCUCUUAUCCCGGAGGAUCCAGAGUUGGCGCACCUCAACGCACCGGCGCCGCGCGCCCGGCCUGGGCCGUCUGCCUUGCUGGAGGUGGACGUUGUCGAGAAAGAUCAGGUGGUCGUCCUCCCGCGUGUCUCCGCUGGCAUCUCCGCUGGCAAGGUGGUCGCGGGCCUGGCGUUGGCGCUGGGAAUUUGUGCGCUGGGCCUGGGGCUCUCCAGCAGCUCCGCGGUUUCGUCCGCGCUGGCCGACACGGUGGGUUUGUCCUCGAACACGAAGGAGAACAGCACCGCGAACAGCACGAAGGCGAACGCGACAAGCAACGCGACGGCAAACUCCACGGCGGCGAACACCACGGCGAAUGCGACAGCGAAGGCGGCAGCGAAGAAGGCGGUGAAGAAGGAGGUGAAGACAGAGUCGGCGAACACAACCACCAAGGCACCUCCGGCUCCGGCGCCGCCCUCGUGCCGCACGGCGCAGGUUGGGGAGCCAUGCUACCAAGCGGUGAUGUGGCACAAGUGGAUCGGCUUGGUGGAGAACCCGACCUGGUACCAGACCAUCUCCAGGCAGUCCAACCGCCACCAAAUCCAGCAGUGGCUCUUCGAGAGCAAGCAAGGAAGCUGCCAGCGGCCCUGCGACGGCGCCUACCCGGUGCCGCAAGUGCCCGCUGGCCAGCACCCGCGACUCUAUUGCUUCUCUGUGGCGCGGCUGGGUUCUGAGAUGGACACCAUGUUCAUGCAGCGCCAAGCCGGCGCUGGCAUCUUCGGGUGCGACGGGUUCGACGUGUUCAGCGACCAGCAUGUGGACAUCGAUGGAUACCAGACGAAGUUGAUCCCCUCCACCGCCAGCGGGGUGUCGGUGGAUAGAACCGCCGCCAACUCCCAGGUCUUCAUGAAGACGUGGCUGAAGAUCUUGAACGGGGACCAGUGGUGGCGGUUCGACUUCAUCGCGAAGGUGGACCCGGACGCGGUGCUCUUCGCGGACCGCCUCAGGGGGCACCUGUCCUGGCACACCGGGCAGAACGUCUUCUUCCUGAACUGCGCCAAGUACAUCCCCGCCACCAUGUACGGGGCGCUGGAGGUCUUUUCCAAGUCGGCGCUGGGGGCAUACUUAUCCCAGCACGGCCGCUGCGAGUCCCAACUACCCUUCUGGUCCUGGGGGGAAGACAGGUACAUGGCCAACUGCCUAGAGUCGCUGGGUGUGGCCACUCAGCCGGAUUACCUGAACUUCCUCCACGACGAGCGGUGCUGGGGCGUGGACUGUGGCAACAAGAACGUGGUGGCCUUUCACUCGUUCAAGUAUGUGAAUACAUGGAUGCGCUGCUACCUCAGCUCCAAGUGAGAUUCCGCCCGCCAGAAGGACGCGUGACGCCUAGCGUCGCGAAGCAGAUGCAUACUGCAUGGCCAGCAACAGCAACACGCAAAGCGUGUCGGAAUGUGCCUGUGCUAGAAAGCUGACCCUGCCAACCAACAUCGGAAACCGGAUGCACAACUUGCCUA